GUGGGAGCCGGGGGCGGGAUCGCGCGGUCCGGGGGCGGGGCCUGCACAGAGCGACUGCCGUACCUUGCGAACCUCGCUGUGGAAGGGACGUCCUUGGCGUGGAAGGGGCGCAGGUGGGGCGGGAAGGGCAAGUAGUCAAACGGCUCCCAGGAGGGCGGUCAUCUGUGCUGGACAUUAAGGAAGGGCGGGCGUUCACCCGACAAAGCAGAGGCAGCCCGGGCCGAGGGAACAGCAUGCGCAAAGGUGGAAGGACCCAGUGCCCUAGAGCAAUGGGAAGCAGUUGAGGUGAUGGUUUAGUAGGGCUGAGAGUGGGGGUUGGGGGAGUGUGGUCAGAGAUGAGUAGUCACACACAAGGAGUCUUGAACGCCAAACCAAGGAGCUGGGCUUUAUCCCGGAAGCAAGGGAAGGCCAGUGUGGGAGAAGGGGUGACUUAAGACAUGUAGGAGAAAGAGACCUCUUUGCUGACAGAGCGGAGCUAGGAGGCCAUAGGUAGUGACAGCCUGGUGAGACACAAGAACCCCUUCAACCAGAGCCCUAGGAAUGGAAAAAAGUUGAGCAGGUGACAGGAGUUCAGAGGAAACCAGGUGACGUCCAAGGGAGAGUUGGAGAUAGUGGAGGGAACAGCGUGGUAUCCAUCUCCGCCCCAGGCUUCCUCCUCCAGUGCAUCCAUCAUUCAUCGCUUUCGUGGGUGCCUCAGCAUAAGCUGGACACCCACUGUGUGCUGCAGAUUUUCAGCUCUUUAAGGAAAAAGUGGGGGAAGGGGGCUGCACGAGAAAAGCUGAAUUCUUGGAGUAAAGCGAUAUAAAGUGUGUCUCUGCUCCCCCGACCUCCCUCAGGUCAGGGGGCCCUGGUACCAACACCACCCACCACUGCAAGUGCCUGGGCCUGAUUCCCCUUGCCUGGUAUAUACGGGGGAGUACCUGGGCUUCCAAGCAGGGUACAGAGCACAGGCGCUGAGUGACUUGAGGAGCAGAGCCACAGACCAGAUAGCCAGGGAGGAGGUGAGGGGACAGAAGAGGGUCUGGGAGUUAGGAGGACUGGUAAGUCUCUGGGCAGCUGCCAGACACAUUUUUUCUAGGACCACACCUUAGGGUCAGGUCCCAUCCCUGCUAAAGCCCUCAGAGGCUGUGAGCAGGCCCAAGCACAGGGUGCUGGACCCUCAGGCUUCCCCUACCUGAGCCUCCACUCCCUCUCCUAGAGUGUCCCCAUCCACUUAGGCCAGCCUCCACCAGUCUGAGGAACACCUUCCUCCUUCUAGACUAAGCCACAGAGCCCUGUGGCUGCCUGGUGAGCCCUUCCUGUGUACCCACACAACACCUGCACUCUCUUCCACCCAGGGUGGAGCCAGGUGGUCCUUGAAGGCUCUCCUGGGGGCACUGCCUGAGUGCCCCUGAGGAAUGAGAGCCCGCAGGUCCAGUUCACCCAGGGCCAGUUAGUUAGGUGCACAGUUAAAUAAUCAGGGCAGUCAGCUCCCAGGAACCACUGAUGAUAGACACCAAGAGGGGAGGAAGGUGGCCUCCGGGGCCUGGGGAACUCACAGAGGCCCAGGAGCAGCCCCUGGGGAAAUCACUUGAGUCAACUGUGUACCUUCUUUGUUCCUGAAUUUUCCUCCAGGAAGCCCUCCCAGAGCACCACUCAGAUCUUUCUAGCUGCUUGACCUUGAACUCUGAGUAGGCCCCACCCAUCCUUGGCAGCUUGGCUAGUACAAAUCACUUUCCAGUCUGUUAAAUGGGAGUCUAUGACUGAGCCCAGACAGACUGAUAAAGUAACUGUGGGUCAUGGGCUCCUUCCAGGGGCUUUUCCUUCCAGCUUGUAGGGGGUGCCGAAGGCAGCCCAGGGGUGAGAAAUGAGGCCUGGGUGGCCGCCUGCAACCCCCACUGGAAUCUUCCCUGCCCCUCCCUUCCAGAUUAACCGAAACCUGCUAAUUGUGGCAGCCCUCUGCAUGCUCCCCUCCCCCACUGCUGUAUUCCACCCUCCCUUUGCCUCCCCUCCCCCUUCCAUCCGAAUGAUAAAGGGCCCGGCCCGCCUGCCCCCACCCGGCCUCAGGCCCUGGCCCUGGCCCUGCCUCAUCACACUGCCCCAUUGCCCUGCGCCCUCCACUGGGCCAGGCCGCUUGCCCACGUUGAGGGCCUCCACUUAAUGGGGCCCUGCAGCACCCCGCGCCUGGUGCUCCCGGGGGCAGACUCGCCCUCCCAGCCACCCAAGAGGAGGAAAAAGAGAUACCUGCGGCAUGACAAGCCCCCCUACACCUACUUGGCCAUGAUCGCCCUGGUGAUCCAGGCUGCACCUUCCCGCAGGCUGAAGCUGGCCCAGAUCAUCCGUCAGGUCCAGGCCGUGUUCCCCUUCUUCAGGGACGACUACGAGGGCUGGAAGGACUCCAUCCGCCACAACCUCUCCUCCAACCGAUGCUUCCGCAAGGUGCCCAAGGAUCCUACGAAGCCCAAGGCCAAGGGCAACUUCUGGGCUGUCGACGUGAGCCUAAUUCCCGCCGAGGCGCUGCGGCUGCAGAACACGGCCCUAUGCCGGCGCUGGCAAAGCCGGGGAGCACGAGGGGCCUUCGCCAAGGACCUGAGCCCCUAUGUGCUGCAUGGCCGGCCCUACCGACCGCCCAGGCCGCCCAGCGAAGGCUUCAGCAUAAAGUCUCUGCUGGGGGAUCCAGUGGAGGGCACACCACAGAGCAGUCCAGGCCGGGUGGGUUCCUUGACAAGUAAGGAGGAGGUGGUGUCCACACCGCCCCUGCCCUCUGAGAGGCCUCUGUGGCCCCUCUGCCCUCUCCCCGGGACCAUGAGAGCAGAGGGGGAGACUUCUCAGGGGGGAUCCAGCAGGCCUUCACCUCUCUCCCCUGAGCCCAGAGCCUGGCCCCUCCACUUACUGCAGGGUACCCCAGACCCUGGAGGACUAUCCAGUGGGGGUCACGGGGCCUCACUUUGGGGGCAGCUACCCACCUCCUACUUGCCCAUCUAUACCCCCAAUGUGGUAAUGCCUUUGGCCCCACUACCACCCACCUCCUGCCCCCAGUGCCCACCCUCAGCCAGCCCAGCCUACUGGGGGAUGGCCCCUGAAACCCACAGCCCCCCAGGACUGCUCUGGGAUCUGGAUGCCCUCUUCCAGGGCGUGCCACCCAACAAGAGCAUCUAUGAUGUGUGGGUUAGCCACCCCCGGGAACUGACUGCUCCCACCCCAGGCUGGCUCCUCUCCUGGUACAGCUUGUGAGGACGACACAGGCCACUUUCCUCUCCCACCCUCUCCUGUCACCAUGAGUUUGUUGAGGGAGAACCAAGGCCAAGAGGACCAAGAGGUGUCUGUGGCCACAGCACCCUUGAAACACCAGGCACCAGCCAUGCUGAGAGUCCGCAACGUUUAUUAGCCUACCCCACAAAGGGCUGCUGUCCAGGUGGGCACCACCCUGGCCCUGAGGGUCAGUCAUGCCUCUCCUACCCUGGAGGCAAGGCUGGGAGGAGCAGGCUCCACUUAGAGUAGCCCUUCCUGUCCCCUUCCUGGUCCCACCUUCUCUGGCCCUCUGUCUACCCAUCCAUCCAUCACCAUCUGUCACCUCCCCUCCCCUGGCUCUGGGCUGGGGGAGGGAAAACCUCAUGGCUGCUCCAGCCAGAAGUCCGAGCCUCCCUCAGCUGUCUCGGAAGGAGGUAGCACCUUUUUGGGGAAAGGGCAUAGGGAACGAGUACCAUACCUGGUUCGGUGGUGGUAGUGGGGAAGAGUACAGUAAAGGAACGGACGACA